AUGUCUUCUGAAUACAUCAUUACAUCAUAUUUGAAUCAAAGCAGAGAUAAAUCUUUUUGGGACUUUUUGCGUCGUCAUCGAGACGCGAUUGUUGCCGCCACUCCGGUACGCCGACUCAUGAGAAUUACUGAGUAUGACAACUUGGGUAACCAGCCCCAAGUCCUCUACUCAGGCAUCCUGACUUUGUCGUUGGUAAAGGUCGAAUCAGAACGGAUACGCCUUGCAAAAAAACUUAAAAAUUAUUGGAUUGAAAUAGUCAAUGAACUUAAAAUAGUAAAUGUCAACCAACAUGAACUUGACUAUGGGCAUAGCUACAACGACAAUGAAUUAAAUUCUUCUGCUACUGAUGCGGGUGGUUCUUCUGAGGGUAGCUCUUUAGGUACCUUAGGUGGUUCUGAGAAACCCAAAGUUCGAAAAGUUACAAGAAAAAUGAAGGCGCCUUCGAGGAAGCGUAAAAAGAAAUCCGUGUCACAAACACUAUCAAACUCACCUUCACGAUCACCACUAUUAAUGUCACCUUCUCCACAGCUACUACCAUCACUGCCACCUUCUCCACAGCUACUACCAUCACUGUCACCUCCUCCACGAUCACAUAUAGGUUCCUCCGAUGAAGAGGAGGGACCACCAAGAAAAAAGAAAUGUUUGAAUUGUCCUCAACAUUGCCCAGGACAAGAAACUACUUAA